AUGGAGUUUUGGGUUGUUGUAGCAGCUGCAGGAGCAGGUUAUGUAGCACAAUAUUUGCAGAGUUCAUCAGAGGAAAAGGACAACUUUUUAGUACAUAACAAGAAUUUGUUGCACCAAUUAUGCGAAAAAGUGUGUCCGUUUCACAUAUUAGCUCGAAAAAGAGCUAAAAAGGAAGUCCCCGAUGAAGGGGUUUUCAGAUUCAGACAGCUUAAUCUUGAUUCAUCAGAAUGCCUCGAGAAAGAUUCAAUUUUUCCAUCCUCUACAAAUUAUGAGUGUGCAAUUCAAAGUAAUAAAGAUUCUGGUGGAUCAUUCAAUACAACAGGGCUACCAAAUGGAAUGACUCUAUUCUAUAUGGGAAUUGUUAGUGGCAUGAUGUCUGCUGUUAUUGCAAACAGAAAAGAGAUAGAAAAGGUGAAUGAGAAGUUAAAAUGGACCAAGAAUUUAGUACAAGAGUUAGAAGAGGAGCUCAAUGUGAAAGAGAUUGCUAAUGAUGAUUAUGAAGAUCCAAAUCUAUAUAGUCUCUCUAUGUCAACUAUUGAUGAACCAACAAGACAAACCAGUGAAGCAGAAAAACACGAGUCGAUGAGCGAAAUUGAGGCAGAGCUUGAAGCUGAAUUGGAAAGGUUGGAAAUGAGCUUGAAGGUUUCAACCUUUGAAAGAAUAUCUGAUUUUGUUGAGCUAGAUCCAGAAGAUGAAAUAAAUGUGGUUCAUGGAGACUUAAAACUAGAUUGCCUCAGUGUACAGAGUCCUGAUUCAUCAGAAUCAGAUAGUCAUACUAGUGGAACUUGGAUUGUUCAUUCUAAACCUGCCAACUAUCCUGUUUCCCCGAGGGAGCUUAGCUCGCGUCUGCAUGAGGUAAUAGAAUCCAGACUAGAAGCUCGAAUUAAGGAGCUCGAAACAGCCCUUUAUCAUAGCCAAAAUAGAGUUUGUUCAUUGGAAACAGAACAUAAUCUCUCUCAAAAGGACUUUGCAUCGCGGGAAUCAGAGUCAUCUGAAUGUCUACAAAGUCCAUAUUGGUAUCAUGAGGCUGAUGAAGAGACCAUCAGGAUCAUGCAUGGAAGUGAAAAUGCUUUUGACACUAAUACAAGAAUCCCUCCUUUUGAUGGAGGAUUGAUUGAUAGCCUAAACGAAAAAAAGGGUUGCCUGGUGCACGAACGUAAGCAGCCUACCUUGAUGCAAUUGUUAAAGACAGAAUCCAUGGCUCAAACCCGUGAGCUGCAGGUCACACGGAAACAACAUUACCAUUGCUCCAAGGUUCCCAUUCAUUGAUAGACCAGAUAUGAUAGGAAAAUGAUCAUAUCUAUAUUAUGCUGUCUUCUGUUAUUUUUUAUGUUAUAUUGGUAUCUUCUUACAACUCUUUUGAGUAUAGAGACACAAUGUGUAGUGUACAUGUAAAGAUUGAAGAAUU